AUGGCGGAUGUCGAGGGACAAGGGAGUUGUUCAUCGGUCCCUCCGCUGCCUCACCCUUCCUCUAGUAACGGCUCCGGUAGCGGUAACGUUACACCGGGCACCGGCGGCAGCUGCCAGACGGCAACCACCGUUACUUCAGGCCCGCGGCUAGUUCGAAUAGUGAAGUCGGACUCGGGCUAUGGUUUCAAUGUUCGGGGGCAAGUAAGUGAAGGAGGGCAACUACGAAGCAUUAACGGGGAACUGUACGCUCCUCUGCAGCAUGUCAGUGCCGUCCUACCGGGAGGUGCAGCCGACAGAGCCGGUAUUUCGAAGGGGGACAGGAUUCUGGAGGUUAACGGGGUGAAUGUAGAGGGAGCGACCCACAAGCAGGUAGUGGACCUGAUCCGGGCCGGAGAGAGGGAACUGAUGCUGGCCGUGCUGUCAGUCCCGCCCCAGGAGGCUGACUGCCUGGAUCCUGGAGACGAUGGUUCAGCCCAGUCCUGCUACGACUACUCUGACAAGCAGGCCGUCCCCAUCUCUGUGCCCAGCUACAAACACACUGAGCUCAACCAGGAAAAGUUUGUGGUAUAUAAUGUCUACAUGGCGGGCAGGCAGCUGUGCUCCAAGCGCUACAGAGAGUUUGUGAUCCUACACCAAAACCUGAAAAGGGAGUUUGCCAACUUUACAUUCCCCAAGCUCCCUGGGAAAUGGCCCUUUUCCCUUUCGGAGCAGCAGCUAGACGCACGACGCAGAGGCCUGGAAGAAUACCUGGAGAAAGUGUGCUCUGUGCGGGUAAUUGGAGAAAGUGACAUCAUGCAGGAGUUCCUUUCUGAGUCGGAUGAGAACUAUAACGGCGUGUCAGAUGUGGAGUUGAGAAUAGCCAUGCCGGAUAAGACCACACUCACUGUCAGAGUUCGCAAAAACUCUACUACAGACCAGGUCUAUCAGGCUGUGGUUGUGAAGUUAGGCAUGGACAGUAUAACAGCCAGCUACUUUGCUCUGUUUGAGGUCAUCAACCACACCUUUGUGCGUAAACUUGCCCCCAACGAGUUCCCCCACAAACUGUAUGUACAGAAUUAUACCUCAGCCAUCCCAGGAACCUGCCUCACUCUGCGCAAGUGGCUCUUUACUACAGAAGAGGAGAUUUUGCUCAAUGACAACCAGCUUGCUGUCAACUACUUCUUCCACCAGGCAGUGGAUGAUGUGAAGAAAGGCUUUAUCAAAGCAGAGCAGAAGUCCUACCAGCUGCAGAAGCUAGCAGAGCAGAAGAAGAUGUCCAUGUAUCUCAGUUUGUUGAGGAGUUGCGAGGGCUACAAUGAGAUCAUAUUCCCUCACUGUUCCUGCGACUCCCGGCGUAAAGGCCACGUCAUCACAGCCAUCAGCAUUCACCACUUCAAGCUGCACGCCUGCACAGAGGAAGGGACACUUGAGAACCAGGUGAUUGCAUUUGACUGGGGGGAGAUGCAGCGAUGGGACACAGAUGAAGAGGGUAUGGCCUUCUGCUUUGAAUAUGCACGAGGAGAGAAGAAACCACGCUGGGUCAAGAUAUUUACACCUUAUUUUAACUACAUGCAUGAGUGCUUCGAGAGAGUCUUCUGUGAGUUGAAGUGGAGGAAGGAGGUGGAAGAGGAGGCUACAGACAAGGACAAUAAGAACUGCAGUAAAGAUGAAUAUUUUCCAGCUGCUGAGGCACAGAAGGGAUGGAGGCACCCAGGAAGGGAGAUCGUUACCUCUUAACUUCACACCGUCGCCAUCGACUUAGCUCAGCUCAGCCCUCAUCUAGCCUCAGAACCAGAAACACUCAGCUAUUAAUUACAUGGUCAUCAUUUACACUCCAUCAACUACAACCCGAGAAGCUACCCGCGAUACAUGCAAACCGACAAGCAUCUGCAAAUGAACAAAUCGAAUAAACAGAAGCAUAAAAAGCUACAGACACACGAUCCAGGUCUCUUGAAUCCAGCACAUCAUAAUCAUGCAUUAAGAAAAACUCUGUAAAAACAAAGUGAGGCCUCUGAAAACUUGAAGUCAUGGAUUCAUGCAAGCCUUCCUCUUAUUAGCAGGGACUUGAAGAGGAACGUGACUCGUACACAAGGAGCACUUGAGCCUCCACUGAGGAAGAAAGCUGAAAAAAGUGAUUCUUGCUGGACUAACAAGGGAAAGAGAAAGCUGUUAGUGCUCACAAAGGGGAACCCCUCAGCGAUGCUGAGGGUAAACCACAGGAAGACACUCGGCUUCUCAAUUUGUGGAUCAGCACAGCAGUGUCUCGUGUGUCUUUUUUGGCCAGUUAAAAGCAAUUGUAAGCGUGCAAGUGUGUUUGUGCAUGUUUACUAAACUGUGCUUGCAAGGGUCCCAAAAAGCAGGAGAAUGUAAGUUGCAGCUGAUUCACAUCUCAUGCAUAAAUUUCCAUCUGUUUGGCGCUAAAUUAAAUCUGCAUUUAUAGAAGAAAACUAGUAACAUUGUAAUGUGGCAAACGAGAGAAGGGGGAGAGAAAGCAGACAUUUUGCAGGAUUGUUUCAUUCAGGUGUUAUUGUAAAGAUUUAGGCACACAGAGCAGACAGCUGUGAUGGUUUGACACAUGAGCAGGAACAUUUAUACACUAAUGUUGCACUUUAUCAACAGUAUUAACAACCUCCAAACGUGGGAUAUGUAAUAUAAGAAGCAUACAGUGGGCAUAAUACUGGAACAAGCCUGUACUUAGUUUACCUUUUAUUUUUGACUGACUGCCAUGUGCAGAACCAUGCAUUAAACUUUAACGUAUGUAUAGUAUUAUAUGAACACACCAUGGAAAAUGUAGGUUGUAGAGCAGCAUUGGAGAAGUUCAGUGCAGUUCAGUGUGUGCAUUGUGCAUUACCCUGAAGAGACAGCAGGGGUCCUUCUCUUCCUUCCUGCUCCCUGUCUGGCAGUGAUUACUUUGUCUCAGUGAACUCCCAGCAGGAUUUAUAAUAGGCCUGUAAUUCAAAUGGCCUAUACGCGGAGCACUAUCUGUCUUUGUAGCUGGUACUUUGCCGUUCUGUUAAGCCACUCAUGCACUCCAGUUUCAGGUUAAAUGGAAAGAGAAUUUCUUAGCAAAAAGGGCGGAUUGCAUCCUUCAUCAACAUGAUAAAUAUGAACAUAACUGCACAUUCACUGAACGCUUUGCAGCAACAGUUUAUCAUAUUAGACUGGAGUGAUGUCUAAUAUGAUAAACUGUGUAGUUUAACAUCCCUCUA